AUGCUACGCGCCACGAAGACACAGUUGACCAUUUCCAUCAACGCGCUAAAGGAAAAACUCAAACUAUGUGAACAGAAAAUCGCCGUCAAGGAAAAGAAUGAUGUUCUGGUGGAAAUUACAAUCAGACGAGACGCCUUGGCUAGGGAUAUGAAAAAAGUCGAAGACCGAUUUACCCAAUUUCUGGAAAAGCUCGACGACACCGACAAAUCGGAAGCCACCGAAAAAUACAUCAAGGAAGCCACCGACGCAAUCACGGAUGGAAUGCACAUGGACGAUCAGCUUUGUGAGUUAUAUACCAAGACGUUGGCCCAAAUCAACAACGCAGUAACGCCCGAAGCCCCACCGAACAUCGAGAGAGAACCAAGAAGAACCAUGAGAACCCUCGACAUCAAAAUACCACUGUUCGAUGGCACAGAUCUGUCACAAUGGCCCAGAUUUAAGCAGAGUCUCGAAACAAAGUUCAAAAAUGGAGACUACGAUGGUUUCGAAAAAUGUCUCAUCCUCAUGGAAAGCCUCAGAGGACCAGCCCGAACGUGCGCGGAAGCAUAUGAAUUGGUCGCCGAAAAUUUCGAGCCAUUAAUGAAGCAUUUGGAGUCCCGUUAUGGAAAUGACAAAAUCAUCCGUCAUACACUGCAUGCACAACUGUCAAAGCUUACUCCGACCACAAAUCGAUCAAGUGAUUUGAGAACUUUUAUGGACAAGUUCAUUGCCGUCUACAAUCAACUGAAGAUACACAACCCACAAAUGGACGUGGAACAGGCAGAGGUAAUGAUAAUGGAUAAAUUACCUCAAUGGAUGUCGCGACAAAUUUGGGACGCGAAGUUAAGAAGCGAAGAAUGGAAUGAAGCGAUACUAUUCCGAACAGUCGACCAUGCCCUUAAAGUCAAUGAAGCAACGUCUCAUAUGGCUACGAGACGAGAUCACCCAAAGAUGGAGAAGUUCAGGGUGAACGCAGUAGCAAAUGGUCCAGAACCUUGGAAGAAGACGCCUGUAGAAGCUAAAGAAAUGAAGUUCAAGAAGACAAAACGAUGCAUCUUUUGUGAAGAAGAACAUUAUGCCGACGAGUGCAAGAAGUACAACACCGUCGACGCCAGAAUCAACAGACUCAAAGAAACUCGACGAUGUCUACGUUGUGGUUCCAAGAAACACGAAGCCAGGAAUUGCGAAUUUACUAUGAAGUGCCGCAAAUGCUCGAAGAACCAUCAUACUGCAAUCUGCUUUUCCCAGAAGAAUCCUGAACAAAAACAUGAAGUUAAGAAAACCGAAGAUGCACAAGGAAGUGUUGUGGCGGCGACGAAGAUCAAUGAUGACGAAGUAAACUGUAGAACAUCAUUAAUGACGGUAAAUGUUCAAGUCGAAAGCCGUGAAGAACAAAUCACUAUCUUCAUGGAUCCUGGAAGCGAAGUUACCCUAAUCACUGAAGAGACAGCACAACGUCUUCAACUGGAGCCGAUAAAGCAGUCAAAUGUAACACUGGAAGCCUUCAAUGGCACUACGAUGGCGAAAGGACCCACCAACGUCUACAAAAUCCCUGUGGUUCUUCCCAAUGGAGACGAAAAGGAAACUCGAAUCCUGCGAGCCAUUGGUGUGCAACAAAUUGGCCAAGUCAGCUCAGUAGUCGAAGAGAAUGGAACAUGGACAAAAAAGUUAGUCAAGCCAGAUGUUCUUUUGUCAGCACGAGAAUUCUGGACGAGCUUUCAACGAAUCAGAAUGGUUCCUAACACCGACCUCUUCGAAGUGAUCACAAAAUAUGGAAGCUCGAUGACUGGCGCAUUACCCAAAAGCCGCUUCUCUCCAUUGAAUACGAUGGUGUGCAAGAUCAAAGGAAAAGAAGAAGAAGAACCUGAAGACUUGAGGAAGAUGUUGGAGAAAUUAUGGUCGAUGGAGUCUAUUGGCAUCAUGGAUAAUCCGAAGAUCAACGACGACGAAGAAGCCAUGAGCCACUUUGCGAAGCACAUCAAGUUCAACAAGGAAGACGGUCGUUAUGAAGUAGCUUGGCCCUACAAAGACGAAAAUGGACCGACCAGAAAUGAAAAAGUUUGCCGAAGACGACUAAACCAGUUUUGGCACCAGAUGCAAAACGACAAGGAGACCUUGAAGAAAUGUCAAGAAUAUUUUGAAGAACAAAUAGCCAACAACUUCCUCGAAGACGCACCAACUGAACCGACUGGUCCCUUCGUGUCGUAUAUCCCUUUUCAAGUGGUCCUCACACCUCACAAAACAACGACUAAACUGCGUAUCGUACUGGACGCAUCAAGUGCUGAGAAAGGUGGAAGAUCGCUGAAUUCAACUCUACUUCGUGGACCAAUAAUCAUGCCCGACCUCGCUUCUAUAAUCGUCAAAUUCCGAACGAACAAGAUCGUUGUGGCGUCAGAUAUCCAGAAGGCAUUCAUGCAACUGGGACUGAGGAAAGAAGACCGAGAUACAGUCAGAAUAUUGUGGCUGAAGGACAUCUCUAAACCUCCAACCAACGACAACAUCAGAGAGCUCCGCUAUACUCGUAUCAUAUUUGGCGCAACUCCGUCACCCUUUUUAUUGGCUGCAACGAUCCAAUGGCACUUUAAAAAUUCAGUUGUUGAUGAAGAAACCCGUCAAAUCUACGAAGAAGUUAUCAGUCAAAUCUACGUCGACAAUCUGAUAAUUAUGGGCUCCGACGAACCAGAAGUACUGAAGAAAGUAAAGAAGAUCCAUGGAAUGUUCAAAGAAAUGAAUAUGCCGCUACGCGAAUAUAUGACGAACAGCCCGAGAAUCCUGGAAGAACUAAAAAAGGAUGGAAUGGAUUGCUCAGAAGGCCAAUUUCAUUCAAUAUUGGGUUACAAAUGGCAACAGGAUCAAGACACAUUAACCUUCAAAUGGCCCGAUCAACUGGAUAUUGCUAACAUGACAGAUGCAGUUGCCAUUGGAGCGAAAAACUUCGACCUGCUUGGAUCAGUGUGCCCUGCACGACUUCCCAUCAAACUGUUUUCCCAGAAGUUAGCCAGGAAGAAGAUGGGUUGGAAAGACUCCUUGAGUGAAGAAGAUCUUGAAGACUGGAAAAGUGUGAAGAAGUUCGUGGAAGGAACAGCAAUUACAAUCCCCAGAUUAUGCAGAAAAUGGGAAGGAGAACCAUGUCUUCAUGUAUUCGUCGAUGCUUCAGGAAAGGCAUACGGAUGUGUGGCAUACAUUGGAGGAGAAGAGCAAAUACCAUCGAAUAUUUUCGCAAAAUCCAGGGUUGCUCCAAUGGAAGGUACAACCAUGCCGCGAAUGGAAUUAAUGUCGGCCGAACUGGGAACAAAAGCAAUUAAAUUCCUGGAGACCAUCUUCAAGUUCAAGAAGGUCACUCUAUGGUCGGAUUCGAAAGUGGUUCUACAUUGGAUAAACUCAACAGAACUCCUUCCAAGAUUUGUAGCCAAUAGGUUGCAAAACAUACGACGACCUGAUGUAGAAUUUCGGUACAUUAACACAAAAGACAACCCCGCCGAUAUCCUCAGCCGUGGAAUGUCGAUGGAAGAACUUCAGAACUGCAACCUUUGGUGGAAUGGACCCUCAUUUCUUCAACAGCCCGAAGAUACAUGGCCACAAGAACUGCGAUUUUAUUGGCAGCCGCAGGAAAAGACGACUUCAGACGAAAUGGUGACAAUAGAACAUGCAUCGCCAAAGAUGAUCAACAAACUCGCUGCCCCAGACGAUGAGGUAGACAUUCUAAAGGGGUGCCCUACAUGGAAAGCGCUGAUACAUAAAAUGAUCUGCAUUCUGAAGUUUGGAAGUAAAUCUGCACGCCAAAUGGACAAACAUGAACUUUGGCAGGAAGCUGUUCGGCGAAUUCUGAUGUGGGAGCAAAGAAGAAGUCCACCAACAGAAGAUCAGAAGAAAGAAGUCAUGAUGGAACUACGGAAUGGAUUAUGGCGAACAAAACAUCGAAUGCCAGAUCAAGAAGAAAAUUGGAGAAUCUACAUUCCACAUGGCCAAAUCAUGAACAUGAUCAUUGAUGAUCUACAUGAAAAUUCUAUGCAUAAUGGAGUUCCAUAUACCCUCGCAUUGUUCUACGAAACGUUUUGGACCAGAAGAGCGCGACAAAUCUUAAAGAACCGGCUCAGAAGAUGCCCCAAAUGUAGCCGAAAAACACUGAAGCCCUACAGACAUCCGGAAAAUAUGGCAGAUCUACCAAAGGAAAGAGUUCAGCGGACGAGACCUUUUGACUCUGUUGGAAUUGAUUAUCAUGGUCCAAUCAAACUCAAGAACGAUGAGCAAAGAUAUGUGGUUCUCUUUACAUGCUUCGCCUGCAGAGCAGUACACUUGGAAGAAGCAAAAACACUGAGUGGAGAAGACUUUCUAAAAGCGCUCAGAAGAUUUAUAGCAUGCCGAGGAAGACCUUCAUUUAUCCUCAGUGACAACGGCACGAACCUGAAGUCGGUAGCAACGUCUGUAGCUCCACAAUGGAAGACCGACGAACGAGAAAAUGUUCUCCAAUACUGUGCAACAAAUGGAAUCACAUGGAAAUUUACAACACCUCAUGGACCCUGGGAAGGCGCCGUAUACGAACGAUUGAUGGCACUCCUGAAGAAAGGUCUGCAUGUACUCAAAGACAAAUUGCCUGAGAACUUCAACACCAACCUUUGGGAAAUAUCAGCAAUGAUCAACACCAGACCGUUGACGUAUGUGGAAGAAGACAAUUUGGUGUUACGCCCUAUGGACUUUCUCUCGCCUGGAAGUCGUCCUGGAGCUCCAAUUUUUGACGAUAGUGCUGAUCCCGAUUUUCGCCUGAAGACUUACACGCGUGAUGUAAUUCUCGAUGAAUUCAAGAAAGAAGCCAAGUUGUUAGACAAAUUCUGGAAGAAGUUCCGAAGCGAAUAUCUACCCAUUCUACGAAGUCAUCAACAGAAGUUUGCCCAAAGUAAAACAGCCCUGGUCGAACCUCAAAUUGGAGCCUUAGUCAUUUUGGAAGAAGAAAAUGUACCCAGAGGAGAAUGGAACCUUGGAAUUGUCACAAAAUUACCACGUAGCCAAGACGGACAAAUACGACGCGCCGAAGUCAAGAUGAUCAACGACGGCAGGACAUAUCUACGCCCAUUGUGCCAAAUUUAUCCAACGGAAGCUGAACUACGUCUCAGAAGGGAAACUCAACAACCUACUCCGUCAAUGGAAACAGAGAAACCCGUGGAAAUAAAAAAGAACUCAACUCGCCAUUACAAUCUGAGACCGCGAAGCUCGCUUCCCAUCUACGUUGCAAUUUUGGCGUCAAUUAUAAUCCCCCUAAUGGCCGAUGGAAACAUUCUUCCCUGCCGGGAGGAAGACGUCCCAUCGAUGGAUCGAAUGAGACUUAGUGAAUAUUGUGUUCAACAAGGGAAAAUUGUCUACGAAAUGGACAAGCCGUGUUGGAAAAAUAUGAAAUGUGAAAAUGGUCAUCUUCGAUCAGAAUGGAAGAGAGGAAGGCUCGACGUUAAAUGUGGCGAGAAGUGCAAAUGUCCAAAAUGGGCUACCGGAUGCUCAUUUUACGAUAAAAAGAAGUUGAGAAGACCAGACAAAGAAGACCAGGUGGAUUGGUCUAACGUCGAAGAAGUCAUCAAACCAAGGAUGAUCACCCCAAACCCAGGAAAACACCUGCUACCUACGAUUGAAGUAGCCUGGAAGCGAACAUUUUUCGUCAAAUCAAUCAGCCUCGUCCACAAAGAAGAAAUGCUAUGUGUGAACGAUGAAGAUGAACGACAAAGAUGUACAAAUGCAACGAUGGAGUCUACCUAUUACGUAACAGAAAAUGGCCAAGUCCCAAUAACCGCAUGGGGUUAUAUGGAGAUUGAACACUUCGAAAACGCGGAAGAAAAAUGGGAAAAGUAUAUCUACAUGCUAGCUGGAAUAUCAAUCUCCAUAAUCGCUGGCUACAUCCUUGGAGCAAUUUCAGUAUUUUUGGCUGUAAUUCGAUGGGUUCAAAGAUUGACAACUCUGCCAUUCAAGGCUGCCUUCAAACUGAUGAAAUAUUUGGUUCAACAAGAUCAGCAAGUUCGACGACGAAAACUUGGAGAAGUGGUGAUUCUCCCCACAAUACUAGCACUGUCGCUAGCAGGAACAUGUAUGUGCUGCACGGAUCCAAUAACGGUUAAUGGAAAGACCAGAGUGUGCAAUCAAACACAAUGUUCUACAGAAUUUACCAGUCGAUUUGCGAUGAAUGAAGUUGGUGAAGAAACCUGUUUGCUCAAUAAGAUUGGAAACAAGACACACUCCAAAAUCGAACUGAACAUUGUCCAAGCCGGAUAUGAAUGUCAAGAAGUGGAAAUGGCUUACACUUACUCAUCAGAAGUCAGAACGGAAAGUACGUUACGAUGCCCUCUUCGCGGAAAAUGUGAAAUUGGAGGAUGUGGUAUCAAUUAUGACGAGGAAUUCUCGAAAGAAGCGCAGAACUCAAUUGGAAGACAAAACUGUGAGGUAGUGCCCGGAGGAAUUGAUCAUUUGUGCCUUCUACUCACAAAUGCAUGUCUCUACACUCGAAAUUACGUUCAUAUUUUGGACACAAAUCCCAUAAAAGUGUUCAAAUGCAGAUGGAAGCCAUUCAUUGUGGUUGAUAUAAAAUACGAUACACCAACCAAGCAAACUACCCAGAAAUUGAACAUCUACCCCGGAUCAAAAGUCAACAUUGAUCACAACCUCAAACUGAAGGCCGAAGUUGUAGAGAUCACGGAGCAACGUCCAGAACCAGGAUACUACUUUGCUAAGAACAACUCCAUCUACAGAACUCCAGAACCUCCGAACCUUAUAUGCCAGAAACCGAAGAUUGAUCAGGAGACAUGCACUUACAAUGGCCAAUGCGAAUGCCGAAACUCCGGAACCCACAAAGAAUGCGAGUGCCAGACAACGACAUGGAAAAACGAGGAGUGGCAGAAAGAAAUGGUCAACAACAUGGCUGGUCAGACGAUGGUGAAGGAAACGCAAGAAGAUAUAGAAGUCUUCAUUAUCGUAAUGGGUCAAGUCGAUGAAAUAGAAACAUUCGAAGAGAAAGACGAAUGUCAAUUUACUCUACAAAAGGACGAUGUGAAAUGCACUUCGAAGGAACACAACAUACUGGCGAUGGUUAGAUGCGAAAAUACCACCGAACAGAUGCCUUGUAGACCAGACGGUGCCACAAAGAAAAUUCGAGGAAGAGGAAAUUGUGAAGCCUCCUGUGGAAGAGAGACAAUGAAGUUUUUCUGGAGCGUGGCUAGUGAGUCAAUAAAAAAUCCAAGAAAUUUUAUCCCUACCACAUCUACAAUUAUAUAUCAUAAUGCAAUUCAACAUGUUUCGUCUGUCUUUAUAACUAUUUGUAUUCUUUUUACCAUUGUUAAAGUAUUUUUAAUGUUUAAAAAUUUUUCGUCUUUCGGGAAUAUAAAAGACUUAAAAAGUCUUUAGGACAAAAAAAAAUCAAAUAUAAAAAAAUCCCUUUCUUUGUCUUUAUCCCGACUUUUCUAGAAUUCCGAUCGAGAAAAUUCCUGUGUUGUAAUAUAGAUAACUAUUUAAAUCGAGCGAAUUGGGUUAGACAGGAUGUGUUCGAAGUGAGAAAGAAUAAAGAGUAUUAUUUUAUUAUUGUGCCUAUUGUAUUAUUGCUAAAUUGCUAAUUGCUAAAUUACCCUAAUCUAAAUAUUUAUUACAACUUUUCAAUCCAAGCAAAGUGCAAUUCUCUAAUCAAGAAAUAAAAAAAUCUGACUUACUGUAUGAUCCUUCGCCUCGUAAAGCCGAAAGCUGCAUAAGCCUGGAUUGUACACAAAUCGAGUAAUUACAAGUCAUUCAUCAGCUGUAACUUCCCCAUACAAUUUACCUUAAAAGAAAAAAAUUGCACGGUGCAAAAUUAAAAAAAAAGAAACACUGAAAAAAGCGAUUACAAAUAACAAAAAAUUCUAUAAAUAGAAUUUUUGUAAUUGACGUAAAUAUAACAUCAAGAACGUCAAACCUGUCUAAAUUCGUCAUGCGGUGUUUAAUUUAGCUAAGAGUUCCGUGUGGUGUCAAAGAAACUAUUCCCAUGCCAAUUUAGGAACCCAAUUAGUAACUCGGCCGAAAUUAAAACCCGGCUUUUUUUAGCCGUAUUUGUUUUACAUGCACUUGGAAAGUAAAUGCUGAGCGGUUCGGGAGGUCUUGAAAAAUUCGGAAAGCCAUGAAACUUUUAAAAAUUGUUCUAUUUCUCUGGUUUUCUUGGGUUGCCUGCAAGCACCUAUAGCAAAUUUUGUUAUUUUUCGUACUCAGCUAAGAAGGAUAGUACCCCAAGUGCGACACUCAGAUUUUCUUUAAAUUUUGCGCACACGUCGGUCAUAAACUAAAUAUCAAUUCCUGAAAGUUUGAGCUCGCGCUUUGCAAGCGCCGCCGAGAUAUCAAACAAUCUUUGCCGCUAAGAGAGUAAGCUAAAUGGGGAGAGCGGCCAGAGAGAGAAAGAUUUUUUGACCAUAACUUUGCUAGUUUCGUCCGGAAAAAAAUAAUUUUUUGUCGAAACAAAAUUCGACAAAAUGUCACAAAUUUUCGCCGACUUUCGAUCUAAAAAUCUCGCUUGUUUCUGAAAAGCGCGAGCUAAGAUUCUCGCAUAUACUUUAGAAAAAAUUAUUCUAAAUUUGUGCCAAGUUUCAUCAAAAUCUGAGCGUCGAACUUGGGGUACUUCCCCUGUAAGACGCACUAUGCGAUAUUGUAAUCAUAAGCUUGAUUUUCGCGCUAUUAAGCAUUUCGGUGCGCGAGGUCCAAUGUUGCAAAGUCCGGCAAUUUUUUAUUGGAAGUAAAAUUCCAACCUUGUCAUCUUGUUCCUUUGUACUUCGGGGAAAACGACAGUUUUACGUUCCGUGACUGCUUUUGGCAAGCUAAGAAUAUCACUGGUCAUUUCACGCAACCCGAAGAUUUCGCAGGUUAAAUAAGUAAAUUCUCUCUGCAAAGGCGUCAUUUUAAAAUACGUAUCUUUUUGCUUUAAUGUUCAUUUUAUGAAGUAAUACUAUAUCUUUUAGCAUAACCAUCAUGCCUGUCACAUUGGAGCCGCAUGAGGAACGUCGAGGAUCGAUUUAUGGUAGGUUAAAGCCAUGCCCUUCAAAAAUGCAACUAAUCUGUUUUUUUGUUAUAUAAGGGGUAAUUAUUUGUUAUAUUAUAGAAGGGGUAUAUUGCAUGGAGGUUCAUUGUGGCCAAAUAUUGACCUUUGAUACCUCUGAAAUUGUUUGUUAUACAUGGCUUUCGUCGUAUGGGAGUGUGCUGUACAUACAUAGGUUGCAUUGCAAUUUUAUUGUUAAAAAGUGCAGAAAAUUAAGAUUUUUUUUGCUAAUACUUUUGGUAGAUAUCAGAAUUGAAACUUUAGUAAAUUCCUUGAAAUUUCAGCCCUCUCCAACUCCUCGUCCUACUCAAAUUUGGCCGAGACUUUCAACCUGCACACUGAAAUUCUCCCCAACAAACCCCAUGAACCCACCUUCAAACUGGGCUUGGAGCCCAUUGAUGGGGCUUGUUUCCGAAUCGACCAAAAUCAUUCCGAACCAGCUCAUAUUCGGAUUUUCCUGGAGAAUAAUACUGAUCAACGGCAGACUUUCAAGGUGAGUUAUCAGUCGGCCCAAAAAGUCAAUGAGAAUUUUUCGCCCGCAUUUUUCAAAGUGCAUGGCACGUCAAACUGAGGUAAGCUAAAACAGUCCGGUGAAUGGAUUGGCAAUUUGCCAAAAAAAGACGCGAAAAAACGUUUUGUCGGGGACGAAAUGGGGAAUUUUUGGGGCGAGAGAGUACGCUUUUGCGUGUCUUUUUUCUCUCUUUCUCUGGAAAUCAAGACGAAAUGUAAAAAACCGAUAGCGAAGAGUCUAAUCCGGUCACCGGACUCCUCGGCCUAAAACCGAUUCCUGGAGCCUUUGCAGUUUUUUAAAGAUUUCGUUGCAUAGUUGUACAGAUUUUACUGUUUUUUUUAUUCUGUUUUCUUUAUCACUUUUUGGAAAAAUAAAAAAUUAUGAGCAUAAAUCAUAGAAUUAAGAAUUAGCCAUAGAAAACUAUUCAAAUCGCAAACUUUCAAAUAGGUUUGUGAAGUCAACAUUUUUUUGAUGACCCCAAAUGUUCCAGAUCAAAACAACUCUAACCGAAAAGCUCCGAGCCAAGCCGCCCUUAGGCAUCAUUGAACCACACUCCGAGCUCUCUAUCCGCAUCUCCUACAAUGCCAAGGAGAUCCCAGAUGGUCUUCAUUACAUCGCCAUCUACCACAUCAAGCUAACCGAUCAAACUGACGAAGAAUUGAAGGAUUUGAGGGAGUUCUGGAAGAAGAAUCCGAACUUUGAUGGGGUCCGAAGAAUCGUGCUGAAUUUUGAGAUCGACUUUGCUGAUGAGUAA